UACAAAUCAUUCUUUUGAAAGGCUUCCACUUAAAAUGUCCUCAAAUAACUUUUUUUUUUCCUAGGAGACCUGUGUGUUUGGGGGCCCUGUCAUUGCUGUUUGCUUUGAUGUAUGAACAAUCCGCUGUGCUUUCCUGUUCGUGUACAACAUGAUUGUGUUGAUAUGUCUACUACUGCAGCAAGCAGAGAAAGUCAGUGCGGUUUGGUCCGUGACUUUUGAAAACCAGGAUAAUUGUGCUCUGAAGGGAUCAUCAGUGGAGUUCAAGUGUUCAUACAACUACCCAGAUGAUGAAUCUGUCAGAGAGACUGCAUGGUACAAAGGAAUGCUACAAGAUGGCAUCUGGGAACGUGUUAAGCUUUCAGUCCUUCCAACAUAUAAAAAUCGAUUUGCAUAUCGAGGUGACCACAUCCACAACUGCAGCCUGGUUCUUCAAGACCUUCAGGAGGACGACACUGGAUAUUAUUACUUCUGGUUUGACACAAAUAGGUUUGGACGGAAUAGUAAACGAUCAGUGCAUCUCUCUGUCACAGAGCUGAAAGCUAGCAUACGCCCCAGGAGGGUGAGUGCCGGAGACAAUGUGACCCUCGAAUGUGGCACAGCUUGCCAAAGCUCCAGAAUAAUCUGGUUCAGGGAUGGACAUAUAGUGACAGAACCAGAGUUUAGGGCCAAGAUUCAUGAUGCUGGAAACUAUUCAUGUGCUAUUGAAGAACUAAAAUCAGUGCAAUCAGACCCAGUGGCUCUGGAUGUUUGGUAUUCUCCAUUAAAUGUGUCAGUGGAGGUGAAUCGUUCUAGCCUGCUGUUAGCAGGCAGCAGUGUGACUCUGACCUGCAGAAGUGCUGCCAACCCUGCAGCAGAAACCUACACCUGGUGGUACAGCAGCUAUUUUUCCAACUCCACUUCUGAACUGCAGGUAGGCUCAGGGCAGGUGCUGAAUAUUGCCUCUCUGGAGUUGGCCCACAGUGGAACGUAUAUCUGCCAGGCCGAGAACCGUGUGGGACAAAGCCGCUCAGCUGAGGUGCUGCUGACUGUGGAAGAAACGGUCCAUCCUUUCAUUGUCCUUGCAGUUGGAAUUAUUGUAAUUAUUCUGCUCGUGCUACCAGUGGUUGUCAUCUGGGCUCGGUAGGCAACACAGAGCAGCCAUCAUUGAAGCAUCUGCGUCAUUCUGAUGCAGACAAAGAGGUGAGAGAUGGAACAGUUCUGGGUAAACAAAAACCCUCAACAAAACAGGAAAUGAAACCAGUGUCACAUGGUGUCUAAUCUAGUAUUCUUAUUUUUCAGAAUACCAGCAAUGAUUAUGAAAAUGUAAUUUUUGGAUGAAAAAACUGCGCUUUGAAACCCUUGAAAUGAGCAAAAAAAAAACAAAAGAACCGUUAUCCUUGUUUUACCAAGUAUUGACACAUGGAUGAAGCUUAAUUAAGCUGCAUGAUUUGCAGUGUUGAUGUGCAUUUUCUUUUUUUCUCUGUGUAACACUGCAUGGAGUUUCAAUGUAGAGCGGAUGUUUACUGUUUCAAACAAUAUUGAUGUUCAUUAUAAAGGCUUGUUAUUUUUAUACCUGAUUUGAACAUUGGUUUGUGUUACCUUCAGUGGUGGAAAUGGUUCAGUCACUGUGCAGUGACUGGUUCCAUAAUCACUGAUUGUUUAAACUAGCCAAGACUGCCCCUUUGGGAUUUAUAUUUAAUGUCUGCAGGUUCAGGUGAAGAUAAAAAUGUUAUUUUACUGUUACUCUACCAAUUAAUAUUUGUUCUGUAUAUAACUCAAUAGAAAAAUGUUAUUAAUGGUGUGGAAUAGACUGAUUAAAGUUUACUUUUAAGUAUAGAGUGGUUUUAAUAGCAAUUAUAAUCUUCAUUAGUCUGAAUGGUAAUUCAGACUGCCUAUAAUAGCUUCACAAUAGCUUCACAAAAUGCCAGAACAUUCACGCUUUUAUUUUUUGUUGUGAACAUAUAUUUUUUUGUAUGUAAUAAAAUUUCUCAAGGAUUUUUUUAGGGUUGUGUCAAUGUUGUGCUUGGAUUUUAAAUCGUAAAUACAGAAUGCUUCAUACUUUCCAUUGUUCCAUGAAUCUUAAGAUUUUAAAAUGAGAAAUUGUUCAAUGUGAGGCAGUGAUGCCUGUUGUUGUUGA